CGGAAAAAGGGUGAAAUCCAAGUGAAUAAAACGAGAGUAAAAAACAGAGUAAGACACAUUUAGUUACAGUUUUAUUUAAUAAACCAGAAAUUCCGAAAGCAGUAUCCUGCGCAAUCAUUGGUCCUUCGAACCGGAUUUCUGGACAUAAAAAAAAAACUGUAAAAUUUUGUGUAUCGAGGUUCUUAACCUCAAUCACGCGUUGCGUAAGUGAAGUGAAGCACAUGCUUCUAAUACACUCUGUAUUGUAGAGAAAAAAAGUCUGCUGAAUAUUUGCUGGUUGGUGAGAUGGCUACAGAAACGAAGAAAACCCAAGCGACGAUUGUGACGCUGCGAUCCCGAGCCCAGAUGCGAGCAACAGAAGAGUUUAUUAACGGGUUCAACGAGGAGAAGGCGAAUCAACUGGCAGAGAGGUUAUCCAGUUUGGAAGCAGUUUGGAAGGCGUAUGAAGCGGCUCAGUUAAAGCUGGAAUCGUACGAGGAAGAUGAUAAGCAGCUGAACGAAUUGUUCGACGCACGGAACGCGUUUUAUGACAGGUAUUGUGCAGCUAAGGGUUUUUUAACGUCACGUAAAACCAUGGCAGUCUCUGAUCUGGAUGCCACGGAUACGGGGAAAGGCACGAAUCUGGCUAAUUUACGUCUACCUAAGCUGGAUUUGCCAACUUUCGAUGGCAACACGACGGAUUGGCUCAGUUUUAAGGAUCGGUUUGUGUCCAUGAUCGAUGAGGCAGAGGACAUGCCUUCCGUAAUGAAGCUGCAGUACUUGUUGUCAGUGCUAAAGGGUGAAGUGGCAAAACGUUUCCAGCAUGUGCAGCUUACAGCCGACAAUUACAGCAUAACGUGGCAAGCGCUAUUAGAUAGGUAUGAUAACAAAAGGGCACUAAGGCGUGAAUAUUUCAAGGCCCUGCAUGCCAUUCUGCCGAUGAAGGGCGAGUCGACUGAAGAGUUACGCCGGGUUUUCGAUGAAUUUACUAGGCUGACCCAAGGAAUGAGUGCGUUGAAAGAGCCCAUACGACAAUGGGAUACACCGCUGUGUAGUCUGUUGUUCUAUAAGUUGGAUGGUAGAACCUUAUUGGCUUGGGAAGAGUAUACAAGUAAGGAUCAGGAAGAUGUGUAUACCAAGUUGCAAGAGUUUUUACAAAGACGGCUGAGAAUCCUUAGUGCAACAGUUCAAUCGACCUAUGAAGUAUCAAGAUCGAGUGUGGGCAAGGUAGCCGGCGUGAAGCAGCAUAAGGGUAUUGUGUGUGUUAGCACCGUGCCACCCGCUAUCCUCCGCUGUUAUGCAUGUGCACAACAACACUACUUACAUCAAUGUGAAAUGUUUAAAGGAAUGCAAGUAGCUCAACGUGAGGAGGUUAUCACAUCGAAUAAGCUGUGUCGGAAUUGUUUUCGAGUUGGACAUAUAGCCCUGCGAUGUAGCUCGAAAUUUAAAUGCCACAAGUGUCAUCAGCGCCACCACACACUCUUACAUGUCGAUCAGAUUGUGCAAAAUCCAUCUCCAGAUAACAUUGUGGUUGCAACUACUGCCGCAUCGGGAAGUACUAUUGUUUUACUACAAACCGCGUUGGUACAGGUGGUAGAUGAUAAUGGAAGAACGUUUGAUGCGAGAGCAUUCUUGGACUCUGGUUCGAUGUCCAAUUUCAUCUCGACGGCUCUUGCAAAUCGUUUAACUAAUCGCAAAUGUUCUGCUAGCGUAUCUAUUUUAGGUAUUGGCCAACGAGAAAAUCAUAUUCAUGAAGCAGUAGAUGUGAUCGUGGCAUCCAAGACGCAGCGAUUCAGCACAAAGCUAAAUUUUCUCGUUUUAGAUUCACCUACCGCACAGCUUCCCACUAUGGAGGUGAAUACAAAUGAAUGGAAAAUCGAAGGAUUAGUACUAGCCGAUCCAUUCUUCUACAAGCCAGGCCAGAUUGAUCUAGUUAUCGGUGGAGAGGCAUUCUGGGCCAUUCACAUGAAUGAACGAAUCGGUGUUGGGUCUGAUAAGCCAGUAUUUGUAAAUACUAAGUUUGGAUGGACAGUUGCUGGAUCGACUUCAGCAACAAGCCAGAAUCGUCACGUGUCAACAAAUGCAGUUGUGCGUCAGGACACGUUAGAAUCGACCAUCCGGCGAUUCUGGGAGAUAGAUGCUUUACCAUCCUCCUCCUCGGCUUCAGACGAAGAUCCUUGCGAGACAUUCUUCUCCGAAACUACUUCUCGCAACAACGAAGGAAGAUUAGUGGUCAGAUUGCCGACAGUAAAAACAUCAAGAAUCAGUCUAGGGGAGUCCAAAAGUAUAGCACAAAGAAGAUUCUUCAACACCGAACGUAGACUACAGAAGAAUCCUGAGGUAUACGAGCAAUAUCGAAUGUUCCUAAAGCAAUACGAAGAGUUGGGACACAUGGAAUUACUUGCAGAGCCUGUAGAUGAUAGUAUGGUCCAUUGUUAUUUACCGCAUCAUCCAGUGUUGAAGGAGUCCAGUUCAACGACGAAAGUUUAG